AUGAUUGCCCGCAUCUCUUCCCUCGCUCUUGCUGCCAGCGUCUUCGCUGCGACCUCUUCCCUCGUCUCUGCUCAACCCUUCGAGCGCCGAGCCGGCUUCUCCUGCGAGAAGCCCGGCGCACCUGUCUGGCUCUCCGAGGGAGACGCCAGCUACGGUAGCGGAGGGCUCCUGCUCGGAACAUUCGGCAACCCCGAUGAUUCCCACGCCAGCUCUCCAGCAGUGAUCGGUAUCGACGGGAGAACCGGACCCGUCACACCUUUCCAAGUGCAAGUCACGAGGUGCACCUUCGACGGCAUUCGCGCGUCGCUGAAGGAGGGUGGCACCCAACCCUCCGGAGUGCCCAACGACCACGCAGUCAAGCUGCAAGUCGUCGGUCGUAAGAACAAGUGCGUUGCACUUGCCGACCUGACCAAGGCAAACACACGUUUGCAGGAAGUCGACUGCAGCUCGGUCAACACCGCUGCGAGCCAGGAGCCCCAAUUCUUCGUGCAGCACUACAAGUACGGAAACCUCAGGCCUUAUGGAACUGGAAACAAGAGCUACAGCUUUUACAUCGAGGACUCUCCCACUGGAGCCAUCAUUGCCAAUCCUGAAGGCUGCUUCGACGGUCAGACCUGCCAGACCGACAACGCGGUCUCUCUCCUGUGA